UAGGGUAAGCUAUCUUCUGGGACUUACCAUGGUUACUAGGGGUGGCAUGUAUGUCUUUCAGCUCUUUGACUACUAUGCAGCCAGCGGUGUGUGCCUUUUGUGGGUUGCAUUCUUUGAAUGUAUUGCUGUAGCCUGGGUUUAUGGCGUUGAUAAUUUCUAUGAUGCGAUUGAAGACAUGAUUGGCUACCGACCAAAUCCCUGGAUGAAAUGGAGCUGGUCUGUGAUCACGCCUCUUCUUUGUGUGGGUUGCUUCAUUUUCUCCUUGGUCAAAUAUAAACCUUUGACGUACAACAAGGUCUACGAGUACCCCGACUGGUCCAUCGGUGUGGGCUGGACUCUGGCCCUGGCUUCUAUGAUCUGUAUUCCUAUGGUGGUGGUCAUCAAGAUCAUCCAGUCCGAUGGACCACUCAUAGAGAGGAUCAAGGCUGUGGCGGCUCCGCUAGGAGGUGCUAGCUCCCGUCCAGCCGACCACCGUUCUAAGGGCAAGGCUUGCGAGCUGGCCUUCCCGCUGGACCCCAACGGGAACAACGGCCUGAUCAAGCCCACCCACACUAUUGUAGAAACCAUGAUGUGAGCGCUCUCUGUGAGAGGAAAGAUUUUUUUUUUAAAUACCCGCUUUCUAUGUUAUUAUACUAUAUUAUCGCUAAACUAGUUGUAGGACCAGGUUUACAUGUAUCUGCACUAGGACGGUUCUUUUUUUGUUUUGUUUUCUACAGAGGAAGUUACAUUAUUGGGUUUCCUGUCUAUGUUUUAAAUAUUUUUUUAUUAAACUAUUGUUAAGAAUAUUACUGUUAUUAUGAUUGGAUGAAGUUAAAAGUCAUUUUUAAAAUUUUUAUCUCCAUGUCACAUGGAGCAGCAGUAUCGUAUAAGAACAGAAUCAGACAUACCUUCUUAUUUCCCCCUGUUGAAUUAUCAGUGGUCUGUCUCUAUUUUGGCGUGGAUACUUUGAAAAAAGAAAAAAAAAAGAAGGCUGUAUAAAACCCGGAAGAACGUAAUGUGUGUCGUGGUUUCAGCUGUAACAUUUGAUCAACCUAGUUGCUCUCAGCUUUAACUAAUGUCUAUAGUUAUGAUAAUAUUGUGGAGGUGGUGCCUCUUGUAUACAGUGAGAUUAGUCGAGUGUGUUUUGUCGUUGAUGUUUGUUGUAAAAUUUACAGCUGAACCCUGAACGUACCUCCACUACUGAGCUGGGUUCAGGAUCCAAGAACAUCUCAUCUACAGUUGCGGGCCACUAAAACAAAACAAAAAAUGAAACCCUGUACCUUUUCUGCUGUACCGGGUUUUGUGACAAACAAUUGCUAGAAGGCACUUGAGCAUCUUGACCCAAUUGUUUUGCCAGUAUAUAUAUAUAUAUAAUACUGCAGUGCAACCUAACAUUUUAGUGCCAGCAACUGUACUUGGUUGUGGAGGUACAGACCUGUCCUCCCUGUACGGUGUACUGUGUACAUACAGUCAGCCCAACUCCAUUUUAGACUAGACUACAAUCGGUGUGGACACUACUGCUACGUACCAUCCAUCCAUCCCUGUGCAUACAGUAGCUACAUAAACACAUGUUUAAAGUCUCUGUUUUAUUAUUUUCACUUAAAUAAUGCAGUGGGUUUUCCUUUUAUUCUCAGUGUUUUAGUCUCUUGUCGUAUUUCUGGCUAUAGAUAGAGGACGUGACAUCGUGGCAAGUCAAUAAGAAGCACAACAGCAUCACUAUAUAACGCAUUUACCAUCUCUUAUGUCUGUCUGCUCCAUGAUUGAUAGGAGUCUAAAGGACCUGCCAUAAUGACAUGAUACAUUACUGUAUACUCACCAUACAGUAACUAUUGAAGUACAACUUAAUGUAUACUCCCCAUACAGUAACUAUUGAAGUACAACUUAAUGUAUACUCCCCAUACAGUAACUAUUGAAGUACAACUUAAUGUAUACUCCCCAUACAGUAACUAUUGAAGUACAACUUAAUGUAUACUCCCCAUACAGUAACUAUUGAAGUACAACUUAAUGUAUACUCCCCAUACAGUAACUAUUGAAGUACAACUUAAUGUAUACUCCCCAUACAGUAACUAUUGAAGUACAACUUAAUGUAUACUCCCAUACAGUAACUAUUGAAGUACAACUUAAUGUAUACUCCCCAUACAGUAACUAUUGAAGUACAACUUAAUGUAUACUCCCCAUACAGUAACUAUUGAAGUACAACUUAAUGUAUACUCACCAUACAGUAACUAUUGAAGUACAACUUAAUGUAUACUCACCAUACAGUAACUAUUGAAGUACAACUUACUGUAUACUCCCCAUACAGUAACUAUUGAAGUACAACUUAAUGUAUACUCCCCAUACAGUAACUAUUGAAGUACAACUUAAUGUAUACUCCCCAUACAGUAACUAUUGAAGUACAACUUAAUGUAUACUCCCCAUACAGUAACUAUUGAAGUACAACUUAAUGUAUA